AUGCCACCAGUUCAACAAUAUCAAUAUGUUGGUCAUCAACCUUCAAAUUGGGAUAAAUUUAAAAUGGGUGCUUUAAUGGGAAGUACAGUUGGUGUUUGUGUUGGUGUUUUAUUUGGUGGGUUUUCAAUUUUACAACAUGGUGCUGGUCCAAAUGGGGUAAUGAGAACUUUGGGACAAUAUAUAAUGGGUUCAGUUGGUACCUUUGGUUUAUUUAUGAGUAUUGGAUCUGUUAUAAGAUCUGAAUCUUAUCAAAACUAUGAAAAAUCAAUGUUGAUACAACAAAGAGCUAGAUUGAGAGCCAUCUACAGAAAUGAAUAA